GCGGUACAGGGAGUAGCUUCACUUGUGCAGGAACUGACUCACCACCGCAGAAAUCCGCUAACGGGAGCAAAUGAAAACGAAAACAAGACUUUCCUGUGGAUUAAUUUCGGGGCGAGGCGUUGUAUCCAAACAUCUGUACGUCUGAAGCACUUUGGGUCGACUGACGAAGAUCGGGACGUUACCUCCGGAACAUUGUUUCCACCGAAUGGUGUCUCCUGCCCCGCCGCUAAGGUUGCAGGCUAAAAGAUCCGGCCGAUAAUGCGCGGCAGCUCCUUCACAUCCUCACCCUCUCCCUGCUUGUAGAGGAAGCGGCUGUGCCAGCAUGUCCUCCCAUCCCCAGUCCGUGCCACCAGGCCGGAGAACUCUGGACGCAAGGCACCUGCACAACCCUGCCACUCUACCCCUGCAGCUGCAGCGGCCACACGCGGAAGUGGGACUGGUCGACUUCCACUCGCAUCAUGCCAGGGACUACAGCUCCCACCUGGCCCAGCCACAUCGCCGUCGGCCUUCCUUACUUUCAGAGUUCCAGCCUGGGAAUGAAAGAGGACAAGAGCAGCACAUUCGUUACGAGCACAUCUACCUGCCGGAGGCCGCCAGCCAAUCAGAGAUGGACUACGCUGAGAUCAAACGUCCUCGUUUGGACAUGGGGUCAGACUCUCUGAUGAGACCUUUGUCCCACCGGCAGCCACUACCUCUCGGAGGGGCUGAGGACAUAACAAAGGAGCGUGGAAGUGCCAUUGGGAAGCUGGAGCCCAUCUCCCCUGUGAGCCCGGUCCACAUGGACCCAGACUUGGAUCUGGUUCCAGCUCGAUUUUCCAAGGAGGAGCUGAUCCAGAACAUGGAGCGUGUGGACAGGGAGAUCACCAUGGUGGAGCAGCAGAUCUGCAAGCUGCGCAAGAAGCAGCAACAGCUGGAGGAGGAAGCUGCUAAGCCCCAUGAACCCGAGAGGCCCAUCUCGCCGCCACCCAGCGAGGCCAAACACCGCAGCCUGGUGCAGAUCAUCUACGAUGAGAACAGAAAAAAGGCAGAAGAGGCUCACAGGGUACUGGAGGGGCUGGGACCCAGAGUGGAACUGCCUCUGUACAACCAGCCAUCCGACACCAAACAGUACCAUGAGAACAUCAAGAUAAACCACGCCAUGAGGAAGAAGCUCAUCCUGUAUUUCAAAAGGAGAAAUCACGCUCGUAAGCAGUGGGAGCAGAAGUUUUGCCAGCGCUAUGACCAGCUGAUGGAGGCCUGGGAGAAGAAGGUGGAGCGCAUUGAAAACAACCCGCGGCGCCGGGCUAAGGAGAGCAAGGUGCGGGAGUACUACGAGAAACAGUUCCCAGAGAUCCGCAAGCAGAGGGAGAUGCAGGAACGGAUGCAGAGCCGUGUCGGGCAGCGAGGAGGCGGACUGACCUCAUCUGCAGCCCGAAGCGAACACGAAGUCUCCGAAAUCAUUGAUGGGAUAUCAGAGCAUGAGAACACAGAGAAGCAAAUGCGUCAGCUGGCGGUCAUCCCUCCUAUGCUGUUCGACGCUGAGCAGCAGCGCAUCAAGUUCAUCAACAUGAACGGACUGAUGGACGACCCAAUGAAGGUUUACAAGGACCGGCAGGUUAUGAACAUGUGGAGCGAGCAGGAGAGGGACACUUUCCGGGAGAAGUUCAUCCAGCAUCCUAAAAACUUUGGCCUGAUAGCUUCAUUUCUAGAGAGAAAGACGGUGGCAGAGUGUGUGCUCUUUUACUACCUGACCAAAAAGAAUGAAAACUACAAGAACAUAGUGCGAAGGAACCGGCGCCGAGGGAGAUCCCUGCAACAACAGCAGCAGCAGCAGCAGCAACAACAGCAGCAGCAACAGCAGCAGCAGCAGCAGCAGCAACAAGUGACCCGGAACAGCCAGGAGGACAAGGAGAAGGAGGAGAAAGAGAAGGAGGGGGAGAGAGAUGAGGAGAAAAAUGAAGCGGAGGACAAGGAGGAUGGAAUGAAGGAUGACACGUCUGGAGAGGAUGCAGAGGACAAGGAGCCCACUGUGGCCUUCAAGGGAAGACGAACAGCAAACAGUCAGGGGCGCCGCAAAGGCCGCGACACGCGCUCCAUGAACAGCGAGGGAGAGGAGACCACCACGCCACCGCUAAACAACGAGCUAGCCAAUCUGGAAAUGAAUGAGAGCUCUCGCUGGACUGAAGAAGAGAUGGAAACAGCCAAAAAAGGUCUUCUCCAGUAUGGUAGAAAUUGGUCCGCCAUCUCCAAGAUGGUGGGAUCAAAAACCGUGUCACAGUGCAAAAACUUCUACUUCAAUUACAAGAAGAGGCAGAAACUGGACGAGAUUCUGCAGCAGCAUAAAAUGAAAUCAGAGAAAGAGCGAAAGGCCCGUCGGAGGGGAAAAGCCUCGCAGAACGAAGAGGCCAGCGCUCAGUAUCCAGCGGAGGAGGAGGAGAACGAAGGCUCAGGAGGCAGCUGCAACGAAGAGGAGGCUCCUGAAGAUGGAGAAGGUGGCGCAAACAACAGCUCGGACACAGAGAGCCUGCCCUCGCCACACUCCUCUGAGGACAGCAAGGCUAAAGAGGAAGGGACCAGCCGGCCAAAGGGCAGCUCCAACCCUGAGGAGAGGGAGGACAAUCAGCCAGGAACAGGUCAGCCUGGGGAGGAGAAGCCUCCUGUCAAGGAAGAGGCUGAAUCGGCUAUAAAGCAGGAGAUAGAGACAGAAACAGGGGAGCCCAACAAAGAAGAGCCACAGUCGGUGCCAACAAACGAUGCCGCGGAUAAAAAACCUCCAAGAGUGGAGAAGGAGGAAGUUAAAACCUCCACGAAGAGCUCAAAAAAGGAGCACGUGACCAAAGCAGGUCCACAUGGGGACAGCGACUCCAGCGCCACUUGCAGUGCUGAUGAGGCGGAGGAGACGGAUAAUGCAGAUAAGAAAAGGAUGACGUCUCCACGGCCCAGCCUGCUCAACUUCUCCCACGAUGGGGUCAUCUCGUCUCUGCAGAAGCCCAUGGAUCUGAAGCAGCUCAAACAGAGGGCUGCAGCUAUCCCGCCUAUUAUGCCAGAGGCCUCUGUGCAGGGCACGCAGCGGAGUGAGAGUGGGAAAGCAGCGCAGCCCCCCCACGCCUGGGCACUGUACCAGGAGCAGAUCACCAUGGCUCAUGGGGAGUCCUCUCAGGAAGUCAAACAGCAGCAGCCUUCAGGCCAGGCAGGCAAACAGCAGCCUUAUACCCCUCAGGCAGACCGAGAGCGAGAAGGUCUCCUCACCAGCAGCCCUCUGGUUCGCCCUCGAAGCCCCUCCGCCAGCCAAAAAGACGAAAGGUCCCGGGCGUUUUCUCCACACAGUGACGCCAAGAAGCAGGUGCUGGCCGCUGAUGACCUCAGAACCUCCACCUUGGGUCGCCCGGUUCUGUCGCCAUUCUCUCAGCACAUGCUCCACUUCAACACGUUCCAACACCCGUCGCUCUCCGGCCUGCCGCAGGAUAAUGUACGGUUAGCAGCAGUGAGGCCCCUCUCAAUGCCUGAGCCCCCCCCUCUUAUUUCCUCCAACAAGCCAGGAGGCUCUAUCACACAGGGGACGCCUGUUCAGCUGCACAGUGCGGCCCACGGACUGGACCAUACGAAGAUCCCCCCCGCACCAAUGGGGAUGUCUUGGAUGGAGAAAAAAGUUGCAGGUCCUUUCCCAGCGGUGAAGCAGGAGCAGUUGUCUCCUCACAGCUCCUCCCAGGCUGAUGACCUGUCAAACCCGGGGCCGCCUCACGACAGUUCCUCUGCACGAGCCGUCCAAGGAGGAAGCAUCACUAAGGGUCUACCUGGGACCAGAAUACACCCGGAGUCUGUUGUGGCCUACCGGCCGGGCUCCAUCACACAGGGGACACCCGCAGAUGUGCUGUAUAGAGAAACUAUAUCACGUCUAAUCUCAGAGGACAGAUCCGGCCAAGGCGACAGGGAGCGGGACGAGGCACCGGCUAAAGGACAGGUCCUCUACGAGGGCGUCAGCGGGCAAAUCGUCAGCUAUGACCCGCCGCCAUCUCAGACUCCCAAAGAAGACAGCCGAGGUUCAGGACUGUCUGGAGAAAUUCUGAGCAUGAAGCGGUCUUAUGAUGCCAUGGAAGGAGGCCGAGGGCUGCCGAUGAGAGACUCCAUGUCUGCUGCCAACUGUGAAGGUCUGGUCGGUCGUGCCAUGCCUUAUGACAGAGACAGCCCACAUCGCACACCGUACAAAGAUACUCAUCAUAUCCGAGGCUCCAUCUCACAAGGUAUACCUCGCCAUCUAGACGCCCAGGAUGCCUACAUGAGGAGGGAAGCUAAGCAGAUAAGGCGAGAGGCCUCCCCAACACGUGGCCCCGGUUCUCUUUCUGACCCGAUGAAAGGCAGGGAGACCAUUGUGCCCACAGUGAAGGAGGCCGGACGCUCCAUACACCUCAUUCCAAGAGAUGAGCUCAGACAAUCUGCCAAGGAGGGCAGCAUAUCACAGGGAACAGCUGUAAAGCAGGACCCCGGCGGUUCGGGGAAACGCCACGAUGUCCGCUCCAUUAUAGCCCCGUCCUAUCACAGCCCGACCCCCCACCUGGAGAUGCGUCCCGACAGGAGCCGGUAUGAAGAAGGACAUAAGGGUCGGCCUAGCGCAGUGGUCAGCACAGCUAGCCCCAUACCGCGCUCCUCCCCGCUCACUCUGGCGUCAGAGCAGGGAGGCAAAGCCCAUCAAAGCCUGAUGGGUUAUGAGGAGAAAGGUGCUAUUAGGACCCCUUAUAGCAGCUCACACCGUGGAUCCCCUCUGCCCCGGGAGGCAAGGCAGCAUGAUGGGUCUGGAAAGAAUUCCUCUCAGGAGCGUAAAGCCACACCGAUUCCCAGAGAGAUGAGGGCCACCAAGUCGCCUCUCACCUCCGUGGCAGAUCAGCAGGCCUAUGAGCGGCUGAUCCCUGGCCUGGCAGCUUCAGACAUGUACCGCAUCCCCCUAACCUUCGAUCCUGCAGCGCUGCCUCGAGGUAUCGCCAUCGACCCAGCUGCUUACUACCUGCCUCGCCAUAUGGCUCCCAAUCCAGCGUACCCUUACCCCUACCAUUUAAUCCGUGGUUUUCCUGACACGUCCCUGGAGAACCGUCAGACCCUGAUUAACGACUACAUCACAUCCCAGCAGAUGCACCAGUGGCCUGGGGCCACCAUGGGGCAGCGCUCAGACCUGCUCAGAGGCCUCGCUCCUAGAGACCAGCCCAUGCGUCUGCCCUUCUCCGCCGCCCAAGGAGGCAUUGACCUUUCCCAGGUGCCACACUUGCCGGUUCUGGUACCUCCUUCUGCAGGGACAGCCGGCCCAGGCCUUACCUACAUCUCUGGGUCACCCGCCGGAUACCAUAGCAGGAAUUACGCCUCGCCCAUCUCCCCUGUUGGACCCUCACACAUGGGAAAACUGCAGAGCACGUCCUCUGCAGAGCGUGAGCGGGAAAGAGACCGCGAACGGGACAGAGAGCGAGAAAGAGAGCGGGAAAACCGGGAACGGGAGAGAGAUCGGGAAAGAGACAGAGAACGGGAGAGGGACAGGGAAAGAGAGCGCGACAGAGAUAGGGGAGGAUCUUUGGGAAAUGUGGAGCACGCCCCCAUCUGGCGCCCAGGGACAGAACACAGCUUGUCCAGCAACAGCAGCAGUGGGAGACCUGCAUCCCAACCAUACAGCCACCAGCACUCCCCGGUGUCUCCUCGUACCCAGGAGAACGUGCAGCAGAGGCCGAGCGUGCUGCAGAACACUGGUGGCAAAAGUCUCUCCGUCAGCGAACACUCAUCAGUGUUAAGGCCCUUGCCCUCAUCCCGCUACCCAGGUUUUCACGGCUCCUUCCAAAAAACAGGUGUGCCCCCCGACGCCUACCCAUCUGCCAUGGACUCAAAUGUAGCCAAAGAGCAGAAUCGCGAUGGAGGCAAAUCCAGGGGAGGUCUGCAAAAACACCUGCAGGACCAACACGGGACCUCCAGUAAAUCUGACCCCAAGCUUUGCAGUCCGAGCCCAGGAGGAAUGUACCACGGUUCCUAUCCCCCGGCUUCAAGCCGCCCCCAGCAUCUGCUGCCUUCCCAGUCGGAUAACCAAGCUGGUCGAGAGGAAAGCGCCACUCCGAGUAGAGAAAAGCCUCAAAGCAAAGCAAUGUCCGUUCAGGAACAAGACGUGCGAUCACUUGGUCCACCACAAGGUCUGUAUCGACCGCCUUCAGAGGAGAGACUCUCUCCAAGCCAACAGCCCCCCUCCCCAUGUGUCAAAGGCAGCCGAAGGGUGGUCACCUUAGAACAGCACAUCAGCGAGGUGAUAGUUAAAGACUAUACCAGGCAGAGCCAGCAGCAACAGCAGCAAAGCUACCAUGGCUCUUCUCUUCUGGACCUGAGCCGUCCACCCAGUGCCUCCCAGCCUCUCCCCAAUUCACAGCAGUCUGUUCAGGGGUCCCGCUAUUCAGAGGGUUUCAGCGGGGAGUGUAACAGAGACAGAUCCCCUCCACAGCAAAAGGCGUCACCCGUCAGUGUUUCUAACGACGGCAUCGAACCGGUGUCUCCUCCUGGAUCCAGCUCUGAGCCCGACAUCCAGGGAGGGGCUUCCUACCCCACGGAGCAGGGGGAUCAAGGACUGGCCUCCCGCUCUCCUCCCAAUGCCUCUCAGGCUCCGGCUUUCUUCAGCAAGCUGACAGAGAGCACGUCGGCCAUCGUCAAGUCCAAGAAGCAGGAGAUGAUCAAGAAGAGGACGGGAGAUGGAAACGAGCCAGAAUUCAAUGCAGGUCAGCCAGGAACGGAGAUCUUCAACAUGCCAGCAUCCACCACUGCAGGACCUGUGAGCGUGCGCAGCCACCCGGCUCCAGAGGCAUCCGGUAACUCCAUAGGUCUGGAGGCCAUAAUCAGAAAGGCCUUAAUGGGGAAGUACGACGAGUCGUCUGAGGAGCGCUCCCCGUCCAGCGCCGCUAACCCAGCAGGUUCCACCGACGGACGAGAAGACUCAUUCUCACAAGGCGGCUCAAAGUCCUCUAAGAGCGGCGGCCGCUCUAAUGGACGCAAGUCCAAGUCCCCAGGACCGGGUCUAUCCGGCAGCGAGAGGCCUUCGUCGGUGUCGUCAGUUCACUCCGAGGGAGACUGCAACCGACGGACCCCUCUUACCAACCGGAUGUGGGAGGACCGGCCCCUAUCUGCAGGUUCGACCUAUCCCUGCAGCCCGCUGAUCAUGCGUCUCCCCAGCGGGACAGUCUCAGCCCAUUCCCCUUCCUCCGGCCAGCAGGGCGGCCCGGGUCCCGGACAGGGCCGCUCCUGGGAGGAGGAGCCUAAGCCUCUGCUUUCAUCUCAGUAUGAAACCCUGUCUGACAGCGAGUGACCAGAAAGACUGCGGCAAAGCACCUGCAGCUCCACACAUGGAGAGGACAGCCGAGCGAAUCCGCAGCUCUGCCUCCCCCCCUCCCUCUGUCGGCCAUAAAUAAAGCCCCCCUCCUCCCUUCGUGGAUGAUGAGGAUUGUAAAAAGGGGAACUGUGUGGCUCUGUCUCUCCCCACCUACAUGUUAUGCAUUCACUCCAGGACUACGCUGAAGGACAAAUCACUCGUUUUCUGUAGUUUUUUUUUUUACUUUACUACUAUUCCUCACUGGCCUUAUCAGUACGGGCGCAUCGAGCCGUGCGUUUGGCGUGUUCGCUGUUAUCUGCUCACACCUCACGUUCAUGUUCAGCAGUGAACUCCGUGUGCCGGUGGGCCGCUUACCACUACAAGAACACAGAAGAAGAAUCAGCAUCUCUGGUUUUUCUUGGUUUUUGUUCUUUGAUUUGUCUCUCUGGAACUCUCAGUCCAGUCCUGUGUUUUUUGUUUUGUUCUGUUGUUUUUUUUUUUUUUUUUUGUGAGCUGCAACUUUUAGUACAUUUUGGUGGUGAAACUUUUGAUGGUGUCAUUUUUUUGUCUGUUAUCUGCAAAGAUGUAAGAGGAUGGGAUGGAGAGGCAGGGGUGGGAUCAUAUCAGAGGUUUACAGGGUAACGGAGCGGUUUGGUGCUGGUGGAGAAUCUGAUGGAGCCUGAGAGGAUCUGCCAGACGGCACUGAGGAAGAGACACUUUCUUUUUUAAUAUUAACCAUGUCUGUGUUUGUUGGAACAGUUCUUUGCAUAUAAAGCACUUAGUUGUCGAGCUGAUCAUGGUGGCAUUUCUGGGAAUAGGCAGGAGUGCCGCUUCCUGUUAACGCUGUCCCACUCGCAGCGACAAUCACGUCGCAGUGGAAACCCUAAGCUGCUGGUUGCAGAUCCACCUUUAAAGCUGCAGGUUUGGAUCCCUCUUGCAUUAAGGAGGUGAUUUAAA